CAAUGCUCUCUUGAUCGUCCGUCCGGACUGUGAGACUCCGGGGGAAUGAGUUCGUCAUCUUCCCCAAUCCCCACGCCUGCGGUGCGGUUGCCUCUCGGCCUUCCGACUAUUCGACCAUGAGCAGCCCAAUCCUCUACGAAAUAGAAGACGACGACGACAACGACGACGCGGAUUUCCAACUCGAUCUUGAACACGCGCAAACCGACGGCUCCUUAUCUGACGCUCCACUGGACGAUGCGAAUCCAUCUCUUUCAGACACGGAACCAUCGCAAACCAUACGCACAGCUAGGAGGGGCAUCACGCGGGACCUGGAGCUCCACGAUCUAAAGUUGGCGUUCGCCAGGAAAUCAAUCGAUGCAUACGCCGAUAUACUUUCAAAGACCAUUGAGGGUCAUGCGCCUGUUGUGGUGAACGCCGGGGGGGAUAACUACAAUGCCACGCAGGAUGGGGUCGUAACGUGGACUCCAAAAGAGAAAGAAGCGCUUUACAACGCGCUGGACAGAAAGGGCAGAGACGGGAUUCCGGAAAUCUCCCGUCAAAUCGGCACCAAGUCCGAGCUCGAGGUCCAGGAGCAUUUGAGACUGCUCCACAAGGGCCUGGAAAGACAGCAUCUGCAGGAGCGCCAUACCAGAACGAUUGUCCUCGGGGAUGUCCCCGCCGCCGCUGAAAUCAGCAGCAGGUGCUGUGAUGCGCUCGAUACACACGCCAAGAUAGCUGCGUUGCAGGAACAAGAGACACACGAUGCUGUGGGGAAACAGAAGCAUCAGGACCUGUGGAUCAUCGAUGAGAGAAUCGCAAAAGACCUGGGCCAUCAGACCAAAGCGCAUGGUGUGGACCCCAGUGCCAGGUCAAGCGCACACGUCACCGCUGGCUUACUCAACAUGAAGAACUGGAUACGACUUUCGGAUCGCUGCUUCAUGAAUUUCGGCGGUGCACGGCUGGAAGACAACUGGGUCAAUGUGGCCUAUGCUGGUGAGACACCAUCCAUGACCGCGGAUGCCUUUGCAGACUUUUAUGCAUUGACGGUCAGCAUCACGCGCCGUCUGGUCCAAUCUGCGCUGUUCUUCGCUUCGUCACGACUGCGGAAUAUGAGAGAAACCGGCCGUCACAAGGCAAACGUGGUAAAAGCCCGCGAUGUCGAAACUGCGCUAAACGUGCUCAACAUGGAACGAGAUGGCUCGGACUUCUGGGUCGGGGUGGCGCGGAGGUUUUGCCUGAAGGUUAAGGAUUAUCGCCAUCGAAAGGGAUGGGAUGCGGUUGACCUGGAGUAUGAUGAAGUGGAGGAGAUUUUAUCUGGGAUAAUAACCUUCGACCCAGAGACAGGUGAAAGAAGCAUCUCUCCGAAACGCUCCCUGAGCCGCGCGCCGGAAGAUGCGGAAGAAACAGCAUACAGCAGUGACAACGAAUCCAAGAUGCCGUCCCCGCCCUCCUCGCCGCUCUCCUCACCUAUUGUGUCGGGGGAUGAACAGAAACAAUCUCUGGUCACGGAAGACGAUCAUGCCGAAUUUGUUGACCAGAAGAUGAGCCAGCUUGAGGAAGCAGAACUGUGGACGUUAAUUGGACAGUCUCCACCUCGGAGUCUCGCGGCGGACAUUCGCAAGAGCGAGUCGCAGGAUUCCCAUCAGAAGAAGCCGAUUGGCGAGCGGAAAACGAAAGAGGAGAUGGCCGACUGGCGCGACAGGAUAUUCCACCGGACUGAAUGGGAAGAGUACGGGUCCGGAUUAGCGGACCUUGACGAAGAUCUCUCGGGGCACCGGCAGAAACGACGACGUCUUGGUCAAGACAGCUCGCGGUUCGUCUCGGUGGGCCAUGGAAAGGCCUCUGGCUCCGCUGCUGAGCGGAAUAGCUCGGUGGUCUUGGCGCAUGAUGAAGAGGAGUUUGACUCUGCUGCUGAGCAGAUUGACAGUCCUGGUGCACAUCGUCCAGUUCUCGAUCGGGCGAUGUCCGUGGCGGAAACGAUCCCAGAGAGAUAUUCUAUACAACCUGGCACUCCGGAAGACGAGGAGUUUCACUCCGCCGCUGAGCAGGCCGACGGUCCGGCCCAUCACCAUAGACAUUCAUCAGAGUUGGUGGACGAAGUAGACGCGGACUCCCACUCCACUGCUUCGCAGACCGACAGUCCGUCCCACCACGAUAGACAUUCAUCAGAGUUGAUGGACGAAGUGGAGGCGGGCUCCGAUUCCGCUGCGUCGCAGACCAGCCGUCCUAGCACCGACCACGAUUCCCCCGACGAGUGGAACGAGGAUGCAAUGUCAGUGGACGAACCCACCCCAGCGAGGCAUUCAAUCCAAGCCACCCCCGAGGAAUCCCAGCGCGACGAAAGUCCCACGUCCGAACUUGCAUCCCGACUGAUCCGCCAUCUCGAGGAUGGGCAGUCGGGUUCCUGGCGCACGCCACGCUACGCGGACGAAGACACAGACUCCGAAGUGAUAUCCACCCCAACCAGGACUAUGACUAGAAGACGGAGUGUUCGCCUCGCCAAUAAAGCGUCCUCCGUCUCAGCCAAUAGUCCCUCCAAGCGAGCGCGUUCUGACUCCGACGAGGACUACGAAGAUGAGGUGCCCUCCUAUUCCCACGGCGUCAGCCCGCUUUUGGCGUCCGACGCGUCCGAUUAAGGCGCCGCGCCACGGCUCGAAUAGUCCGAUUGGGCUCUGCUGUCGAUGUGCUGUCACUCAGCCCUCUACUUACGUCUUUCUCGAUAUAAGAUUGGAGUGCGAGAUCGGGGGCUACAAAUUUAUAUGAAUCCCUGGUGAGGUUUUUUAUUUUGUUGUAUAUAUUGGUUUUUUUUUUCAGAGAUACCUGUUUUGGAUAUUAUAUGAUAUGAUAUUUUGCAUUUGCC